AUGCGCGUCGGCCCCGUAGACGAUGACACGGAACUCGACGGGACCAGCGGCUUCAACGGCUGGGGCACCUUCGAUCAGCUUCUGGACCACUCAGACCCAAGCAAAGGCACCUUCGAGCAGCGGUAUUGGUACGGGUCUAAAUUCUGGAACGGCACCGGCUCCCCCAUCGUGCUCACCUGCCCCGGCGAGCAAUCCGGAGACGGCUUCAAUGUCACCUACACGACAAAACAGCGCAUCACAGGCCUCAUGGCCGAGGCUAUGGGUGCCGCGGUCGUGAUCCUCGAGCACCGGUACUGGGGCGGCAGCUCGCCGUUCGAGGUGCUGACGGAGGAGAACCUGCAGUACCUAACGCUGGACAAUGCGCUCAAGGACCUCACGUAUUUCGCGAAGAAUUUCGACGCGCCAUUUGAUGCCGAAGGGAGCACCGAUCCGAAGACCACUCCCUGGGUCUUUUCGGGCGGCUCGUACUCGGGUGCGCUGGCCGGGUGGCUCGAGUCGGCUGAGCCGGGCACGUUCUGGGCGUACCAUGGGAGUAGUGCUGUGGAGGAGGCUGUCAGCGACUUUUGGACGUACUUUGCUCCGGUGCAAGAUGCUACGCCCAGUAAUUGCUCGACAGACGUGAAUUCCGUUAUUGAGUAUGUGGAUGGGGUUUUGCUGCAUGGGAGUCAGGCCGAGAAGGCUGCGUUGAAGGCGAGGUUUAUGUUGGAGGAUCUUGAGGAUGCGGAUUUUGGGGCGGCGCUUGAGAACGGACCUUGGUCGUGGCAGUCGACUCAGUUCUACACCGAGUCAUUAAAUGGGUACAACUCUUACUACCAGUUCUGCGACUACAUCGAGAACGUCUUCCCCGUCGCCAACGGCACCAACAGCACCACCGGCGUUAUUGUUCCCGGAGCCAAGGGAGUCGGCUACAAGAAGGCGCUCAACGGCUACGUCAAGUGGUUUACCGAGCUGGUCCUGCCGGGCUAUUGCGAGAGCUGGGGCUACGACGACUACGACGGCACCUAUAACACCAACUGCUUCAAGGCCAUGAACUCGACCAAUGUGUACUAUCAGGACUUGAGCGUCGAUAAUCUCGGAGGUCGGCAAUGGAUGUGGAUGCUGUGCAACGAGCCCUUUGAAUGGUGGCAAAACGGCGCCCCCGAAGGUCGCCCGACGCUCGUCUCUCGCCUCGUCAACGUUGACUACUGGCGCGCCCAAUGCGGCUUCUACUUCCCUGAAGGCACCUACGGGCUGCUCGAAGGCCGCUCCGUCCAAACGCUGAACAGCCACACGGGUGGCUGGGGGGAGACCGACACUCGCCGGCUCAUGUACGCCAAUGGCCAGUUCGACCCCUGGAAGGACGCCACUGUGUCUGCCGACUUCCGUUCCGGCGGUCCGCUCGAGAGCACGUCUCAGUUGCCCGUUAGGGUUAUCCCGGGAGGUGGGCAUUGCAGUGAUUUGUAUGGACAGAAUUGGGCGUUUAAUGAGGAGGUCAAGGCUAUUGCCGAGGCGGAGGUGGAGCAAAUGGCGGAGUGGGUGGCGGAGUUUUAUGAGGAGGGAGUAAAGAGGGCAGUUGAGUGGGAGUCGUAA